GUGCUGUACUGCCGAGAUUCCUUCAAUGAGCAGUGGCGUUUCCUUGACGACCGGGUGUGCAAGGCGGGGUGUCUGGGUUGGAUUCUAGGGCCUCCGGGGACGGGGAAGACGACGACGACGAUGUCCUUCAUGCAAUCGCGAGGCAUGGAGGAGGGAUGGAGGGUGAUAUGCUUUCGGCUGUGGAAGUGGGGAAUUGUCGAAUUCUUACAGGUUGAUGAUGGCGUAUUGAGAAAAUGUGAGAUGCCUGCCGACAAUGCGGGGGCUUGGAUACCGAAAUUUCUCAGAGAACGGGCACCGAGCGGGAAGAAGACUUUGGUGUCUAUAGAUGGUUACCGACAGGGGGAGCAAGCACAUGGAUUUGUGCUGAGUGCUUGCCUGUAUUGGGUUCAUCGUGAACUGGAGAAUCGGCGGCUUGUUAUCACAACGUCGAUGAGCUCUCGAGCAAAGAAGAGUUCCGAGCAAGAUGCGAAUGAGAAGGUCGAAGAAAUGAUGGUGUAUUCGUGGACAAUGGAAGAGUAUCUGGAAGCCUGUAGGUACGACGCGUUCUAUAAGAGUGUGGCUGAUGUGAUGAAAUGGAGCUUGGAUGAAGAAGAGGGAAGCAUGGAUGAAGGCGAGGGAAGCAUGGAUGAGACAGAACAAGAGAGAAGGUCGAGAGAAAUCGAGUCAAAGUAUCAGAUUGUAGGAGGCUCAUGCCGAUAUAUGUUUGAACGUAGGACAGAUGAAGCGAUCCAAGAACUCCGUGACGGGAUAGAGGCUGUUCCUGAUUUUGCGUCCCUGUUUGACAUGGGGAUGGGAGAGCGUGCAAACAAUGCUGUGAAUCGCCUGCAUGGGAAGUAUCGUGUCGGAGACGAGGUGCACUGGACGCUUGUCAGCAGGUUUGUUUCCAUGGAGCUAGCACAGAGGCUUGGAGAAACGUUUGUGAGGAAGAUUGAAGAACUCGUUGACGCAACUGGGAAUCCGACACUUCGGGGUUGGUUGUUUGAGAUGCUGUUCUUUGCUCGGAUACGAGGGGCAGGGCUGCAGCUUACCACGAGGUCCGUGACAGUCGACGAUUGGAAAAGAUGUAACGUGAUAAGGCUGGAAGCUAUGCAAAUCCAUAAGCUGCAGGAAAAGACAAAAGUAGCAAGGGUGUGCCUGAAGCCAUUGAAAUGGAAUCAGGGGGGCUACGAUGCAGUGAUUGUUGACUGGAGUGAAAAAUUUGUGCGCUUUGUGCAGGUAACGACUAGGCAGUCGCAUGACCUCAAACUGCGAUACAUGGCAAAGUGCCUGCAACUUUUGGGCAUUGGGAAGGAGGAAGGCUGGAAGGUGGAGAUAGUGUUUGUCGUUCCCGAGGAGAUUCUCAACAGCUUCAGCGUGAAGAAUGUGGAAAAUAAAGGCAUUCUUGCAAGGUACGGGUGGACCCGCGGCAAUGAA